CAUGCACAGCUAUCUGAAGGUCAAGCAUCUGGACUUACAAUAGAUACCAUAUAUCCCUCACGCUUAAACAGAAAAAAACUAGUUCACAACAGCAAUGUGUGGAUGUACUCAAAGAAUUACAUUUAAAAGAAUGACAGUAAGUAGCUGUGUUUGUUAUUAGCACAUUUUGGCCUGGUCAUGAAUAUGAAGAAGCUGUGAUCAUUGUAUGUCUGACGGAGUAAAAAGAUCAAGCAAGAUCAAGCGCUGCUGUCUCCAGGACAAAAUGAAGACACUGGCAGAUUUAGAAUGGAUGAUGUCAUUACAAAUACUACAUGAUAUUCCAAGAGGACUUUCUAUCUGAAAGAAGAACACAUGCUGUGCUGGUCCAAAAUAAAUAAAUAAAUAAUAAUAAUAAUUAUUCUGGUGAUAAUAAUAUCAGCUGAAGAUGCACCCAGCCUUCUAGACCAUAAAGAUUUCUUCUUCCGGUGAGAAGUGGAAACUAAAGGUGUCUCAAUAUGGACAACAGCAGUAUAAGCAGAAAAGUCAAGUAUCGCUGCCCAAGGUCACAAUUCUCUUCACCUAUCAAGUAUCGGAGGAGCAGUGCUGGCACUCCCCAGCCGUCGUGCUGGUCUUCGGGGGAGGAGGACUGUGAAGAUGAGGCUCGCUGUACACCUCUGAACGUCUCCUCUGGCUCUGCUCACCUGGAGAGUAUGCACAAUAUUUGCCUGGAGACACCAAAGUGUAAAACAGCUGCAAGCUCAAUACAUAAUCAGCAAAGUGCUCAAGGUGGUGAAGACAGUCGGUCUUCACUGAAGAGUUGCUCUGGGCUUCAGAAGACGUUGUUUCGAUCACAGACUCCCACCAAGAAAAAAACAUCUAAAAACACAUCCAGUAAAUCCUCCACCGCAGGUCGCUGUUCAGAACAGAAUAAUACAUUGACAUCAGGUAACAAACUGAAAACCAGAAAGCCAGAAGAUGGAUUGAAAGUCAUAUACCUUAAAGCCAUCUCUGCAGCGUUUGGAAAAGACAUGCAGAAAAAAAUCCAGCCUGGUGAAACCACAAGCACUGCUGCUGAUGCAGAACAAGACAAAAAGUCCUUGGAGGAACUGGAGGAUUCAGGAAGCAGUGAUGAACUCGAUUGCUGUUCACUUACGAAGGAUGAUGAACAAACUAAAGAUGAAAGUGAUGCUGGGAUGGAAAAAUGUCCAUCUCCUCUGGUGUUCAUUGAUGUAGGAGAAGACAAAGAGGCUUGUCUUACUGGAAACCUCACAAGGAGUGUUGUAUUGAAAGGCCAGGAAUCAUCGGAUGGAGCUGAUUGGUCGGAUGUCGAUGACCCGGUCACUGUAGUGACAUUUUCACAAGACGAGGAUUGUGUUACGAGCAGCCUGAAGAAAGGAAAGUACGAUGAUUCACCUCCAGCGCUUGAAUAUAUGGGGAACCCUGUGCCUUCCUGUAUGAGCCCCUGGACCAGUCAACCAGAGAACUGGCGUGGUAGACACCAAACGCCCACUGCAUCAUCCAGUAUGAUGAACAGGAGCCCUGGCUAUCAAAGCAGCUCCAGCAAUGAUUACUACUGGCUCUCUGAGAAACACAGAGCUAGUACCCCUUUGCCACUGUAUAACUCCAGGGAUUCUGGCUCUUUUUAUCAAAGGGCCUCCCAGUCGUAUUCUUUUGACUAUUCUGGCUGCUCGCAAGAAGGCACCAGGAGGGAUUUAGACUCCAGCGUGGCUUCUUCUAAUUCAAUCUUUGAUAUUUCAACCUUUAAGGGCAAUAGUUCCACCUCAUUGAAUUCUACACCGGCAUGCGAUUUCACCAACUCAUCCACAAGACCUCGGCAGCAAGGCUUUAUUGACACGCACUGCCAUCUGGAUAUGCUGUAUGCCAAGCUGACUUUUAAAGGGACCUUUGCUGCAUUCCGGAACCUCUACCACAGCACUUUCCCUGUGGAAUUCGAAGGAUGCAUUGCUGAUUUUUGUAAUCCCCGUCACAUCAUUAGAGAGCGUCUCUGGGAAGAUUUGCUGAGGGAAGAGAAAGUUUGGGGGGCUUUUGGCUGUCACCCACACUUUGCUCGUUACUAUACAGAAGCACACGAGAGAGCCAUACUUGAUGCUAUGAGACACCCCAAAGCGAUUGCGUUUGGUGAAAUGGGACUGGACUAUUCACACAAGUGCACCACAGAAGUCUUAAAGCAAAAACAGGUGUUUGAGAGGCAGCUCCGCUUGGCGGUAUCUAUGAGGAAGCCCCUUGUUAUACACUGCAGGAAUGCUGACGAAGACUUGUUUGAGAUUAUGAAGAAGCUUGUGCCCAGGGACUACAAGAUACACAGGCACUGCUUCACAGACAGCUAUGAUGUGAUCAAGCCUUUUCUCGAGGAGUUUCCUAAUCUUUCAGUGGGGUUCACUGCACUGGUCACCUACCCUCGCGCUGUCCAAACCAAAGAGGCGGUGAAAAGGAUACCACUGGACAGAAUAGUUGUAGAAACGGAUGCACCUUACUUCCUCCCUAGACAAGUUUCUAAAAGAUUGUGCGCGUAUUCCCACCCAGGACUUGCACUGUGUACAGUCAAAGAGAUCGCCAGUUUGAAAGCUAUGAAGCUGUCAACUGUGUUAUCGGCACUGAGACAAAACACUACCGGUUUGUAUGGGGUGUAGAGUUGUUCUGAUGUUUAAAUAUAACCAGUUUUAUUUUAAAUAACAAAAUGGAAGUAUUUACAGAGUUAUACAACAAAAUCAUUUAUUUUGUAAAAGGCAGUUCAUGCCAAGAUUGGUUCACUGUUAGUUGGAAAAAAUAAAAACACAAAAAAUACUUCACUAACUGUUAUUAUUAUUAUUAUUUUUAUAAUAGCAGAAAUGGUUAUAUUAUAUUCCAUGCAAUUGAAACUAAUAAUUGUGGAAAUUUAAAUAAAUAAAAAUGGUCAAACUGGGCACAUUCUCAAAGAAUUUUCUAUUUUUGAAAGUUGAUAAAUUUCACAUUGUUGUUCCAAAACAGACCAAACGGCUUGAGAAUGUUUAAAAAAUAAAAAAUAAAAAUAACUUUGUUUAUAUUACUUAGUAGUUUUGUAAAAUUAUCAGGUGUUUGUUUAUUUUGUUUUAUAUACAUAUAUUUUUUAAUUCUUUUAAGAAAUGUGAUUUAAAAAAAAAAAAAAAAACUUUGAAAAUUAUACCCCAGAGUGUCCAUUUUUUUUCUAAGUCUGACAAUUGCAAUGGCACCAGUAAAACUGAUUGUGUUAAUGAGAAUAUUAUUUUUGAAAUUGUAAUUCAUUGCCAGGGGUUUUCUUGUUUCUAUUUUUCAAUGUUCAUGUUUCAGUGUUAAGCCAGCAGACCCAAGGAGUCCUAUACUGUACCUGGUUAUUAGAGAAUGGGGUUCUGGUAUAGUAGACCCUACAAUAUAUUGAUGGGUUUUGUUAAAUAACCAAGAAAAUUGUUUGUUGAGAGUAAUGAUGUUCAGACAUAAACUUGGAAUAAUGUGUUUUUAACAACUGGCGAACUUUUGGAAACAAGACAAUGAAUAAACCAACUUUAACCUCA